UUGUCAACAACAGAAACGUGCCCAAAUGUUUCGUCUUACCUGGGUGGCGGUGUUGAGCUGAAUAAUUUGUUAUAGAUACGUUUAUUUUUAUGUAAUAUUUGAAUACAGAUUAUUUUGUGGUAGUUAUGACGGAGAUAUUUUCAUCUCUAUUCGGCCAAAGUGAUGCCCAGGGUCCCCCGAACUCAUCGGCGCUGGGGUUCGGUCCAGGGAAGCCGCCGCCACCUCUACCGCACAAUCAAGUCUCAAUGACGGCACAGAUGCCACCACAGCUCGGUGAUGAGGGGCCUGUAUUGCGGAAGCCGGGGGCUAUGAAUGAACCGUUCUAUUUACUCCGAGAACUACCGUUGGGCAACGAGCUGACGGGGAACACCAACCUCAUCACCCACUACAGCCUGGAGCACGCCUACAACAAGUUCUGCAGCAAGAAGGUGAAGGAGAAACUCAGCAACUUCCUGCCGGAGCUGCCAGGUAUGAUUGACUGUCCAGGCUCCCAGGACGGCAGUUCCCUGCGCUCCCUGAUCGAGAAGCCCCCCGUCUGUGCGAACUCCUUCAGCCCCCUGACCGGAACCAUGCUGACUGGCUUCAGACUGCACACAGGGCCGCUGCCAGAGCAGUACAGACUCAUGCACAUUCAGCCUCCCAAGAAGAAGAGCAAACACAAGCAUCGGCAUCACAGGCCACAGGACCCCAUUCCUCCAGAGACCCCUUCUGACUCCGACCACAAGAAGAAAAAGAAAAAGAGGGAUGAUGAUCCGGACCGUAAGAAGAAGAAAAAGGACAAGAAAAAGAAGAAGAAUCGUCACAGCCCUGACCAUCCUGGACUGGCAGGCUCUCAGCCCAACAGCAGCAACAACCUGAGAUAGAGGGGGAUUAUACAUGUUGACUGUGUGUCUGCGCGUGCGUGCAUGUGAAUGCGCGUGUGUUGGCAUGUGCAGGCUGUGUGUGAGUGUGUGUGUGUGUGUGAGAGAGAGAAAACGCUGUAUAAUGUGAGUGAAGUGGGGAGAGAAUGUGCCCUUUCCCAAAAUCAUAUUCGUCCAACAAAUAAACUACCACAAUAAACUUUUGUUACCUGUA